AUGGCGUGGCCGUGCAUCAGCAGGGUGUGCUGUCUGGCGCGCUUCUGGAACCAGUUCGACAAAUCAGAUCUGUCGGUUCCGCUGACCAUCCAGAACUAUUCGGACACAGGUGAUCGAACGAUCGGUUCUGUGAGUGGACACGUCGGUGCUGAAAGAGCAACCGGGACUAAUCGGGGUACGGCGGAGCGCCACAAUACCGGAGGCAGGCGAGCGAGUCGCAGGUGCACCGAGCAGACUUACAAAGCCCGGCAGGACGCCCCGUUCCCUGGUGUGACCCAGUACAAACAGGACUACAAAGCCUGGCCCAUUCCCAAAAAAGAGAACCAUCCGUGGAUUAGUAACGCAAGCGGGAAAAGCAGCCGGGUGAACAACUCGUCGGUGGUGGAAACUGCCAACACUACUAGCUUGUACAGACAGGAAUAUAAACCCUGGGCAGGGGUGCAGCCGUCCAAACCUGCUCAGAAAAGGCCUACAUUCCUGAGUACAACCACCAGCGAUCCUCCUCCUGAGACCAGCUACCAAGCCGCCUUCAACACUGACACAAACAGGCAUACGGACAUCACUGUCCCGGAGAACUCAACACACACACAGCCCAGCAACCUGGAACGGGCGGACAGGGUCGAGGUCAGUUCCAGAGCGGAGGAACAGCUGGUGAGAAAGAAGUCGUCGCCCAACGCGGCCGCCGUGUUCCAGAGCAAAUCCAGAAUCUUCAACAUAUGACCAGUCUGCCCAGGAAUCUAAAUAGGAAACAAGAUUUCACUACAGGUGACUAUAGGCACAUGGCUCAGUGAGCUUUUAGGAAACUGAGCUGUUAGGAAUCCCAGCAAAGCACUGAAGAUCUGAGAGAUUUAAAAACAACAGAAGAUAAAAAGGUUACCUGACUUGAGACUUUCUCCAGACCAUUCCACAGUACUGUUUUUGCAUAAAUGAUGGACGAACGUAGAGCUAAUUCUACUUAAAGUGAAAUAUAUGCAAGAGAAUGUAUAUUUCUUAAACUGGGAGUC